AUGAAACUCAACGUCCUUCUUUUAGCCGUUGCUGGCGCAGUCCGCGUCCAGAGUGCUGCAGUUUUCGCACAUUUCAUGGUGGGAAACACGGCCGAGUACACAGAAAGUACCUGGCGUACGGACAUUAGACUCGCCAAAGAAGCUCAUAUUGACGCCUUUGCCCUCAACAUGGCCCAUGGAGAGUCCAUGAACGAGGUUUCUCUUGAGCGCGCUUUCAAUGUCGCCAAAGACGAAGGAUUCAAGCUUCUAUUCUCUUUCGACUACGCAGGGAGAGGUCCUUGGCCGAAGGAGACCGUCAUCAGCUAUCUGAAGAAGUAUACAUCGAAAGCCGAGUACUUCAAGCACAGUGACGGAAGACCUUUGGUUUCUACCUUCGAGGGCCCUGGCAAUGCGGAAGACUGGAUCGACAUCAAAAGCCAAGUCAGAGCAAGGCCAGCUCUGGCCCUCGGAAACAACGUCGCGGACGGCCUCUUCAACUGGGCUGCUUGGCCCUGGGGUCCUCGAGACAUGGACACUUAUGUCGACGCCCCGUACUUUCAAUACUUGGACAGGAGGCCUUAUAUGAUGCCUGUUUCGCCAUGGUUCUACACCAAUAUGCCCGGGUACAACAAGAACUGGAUGUGGCGAGGUGACGAUAUAUGGCAUGAUCGGUGGAUUCAGGUCAUUUACAACCAGCCUGAAUAUGUCCAAAUCAUCUCUUGGAACGACUAUGGUGAAUCUCAUCACAUUGGUCCUCUUUACAGCCACGCUAUGGAGGCGUUCACGGUUGGAAAAGCGCCAUACAACUAUGCCAACAACAGACCUCACGAUGGCUGGCGUCAGACUCUACCUUUCUGGAUUGACUACUACAAGACAGGCAAAGCUACUGUAUCUCAAGAGAGCCUCGUUGUCUGGUACCGUACAAGCCCGUCCAGCGCCUGCUCUGAUGGUGGCACCGUCGGCAAUACAGCAAGCCAACUUCAAAUCGAAUUCCCUCCACAGCUUAUCAUGUUGGACAAGAUAUUUUUCUCCGCAGUACUCGGGUCGGCAGCUGAGGUCACAGUCACAGUUGGUGGCAAGACAUUUACCCCGACAUGGUCUUCGAUUCCUGAUGGAGGUGUUGGCGUCUAUCAUGGCAGCGUGGUCCUCCUUAGUGAGACCGGCGAUGUGAACGUCCAGCUCUCCAGACCUGGGAGACUUCUAGCGAGGGUUGACGGACCUGCCUUCAGCUCUGCGAGCUGCGACAAUGGGCGUACGAACUGGAACCCGUGGGUUGGCAGUGCUGUCGUUGCCGGCUCCGUCUCCGUGACGAUGCCAAACUCGAGACAAAACCAAGGCUGCAUCAAGGGAACUGGAGCCAAGGGCUUCAGAGAGCUCUGCGAAUUCAAUUGCAAGUACAACUAUUGCCCCGUGUCGUCCUGCUUGUGCCAGGCUGUGGGAGUGCCCAACACAAAGCCGCCAGCGCUCGAGAAAGACGGAUUUCCCGCCAAGGGGAAGAGCGAGAAUUACUCCGGACUCUGCUCGAAUGCCUGUAACCUGGGAUUCUGUCCAGAAGAGUUUUGUUCUGAGACUCCUCAGACGACUAUCGUACCGACUGUCUCCGAGUUUCUUCCACCUGCCUGUAGGGCAGGUACCUCUCGAGCAGGGUAUGAACGCUUCGAGGGACUUUGUUCCUACGCCUGCAACUUCGGCUUCUGUCCUCUGCACGUUUGCCGAUGUACAUCAGAGGGAGGCCUGAUAGAGCCACCAGCGCAGGUACCCGGUGCAACUGGAAAACCUGUUGGGGAUUACAACGAUGAGAAGUUGUGCGAGUUUGCCUGCUCUCGUACCUGGUGUCCUGAGGUUUGCAAGUCAAACGACGACGAAGAGACGGAACCGCCAAUCGACCCCAAUGAUACCUGCCAAGCGAGCGAUAGGACCUACAGCGAACUGCCUCUUGAUCGGAAUGGCGAGUAUAUGCGCUGGUUGUUGAUGGACCCUGAGAAUGCAGCAGCGACGGGCAGGCAAUACAUCACCAUCGUCAAUCUCACGCCGCACCCUUUCAAGCUCACUUCAACACACAGCUACCAGAUGGACGAGUUCAACUGGGGCGAUAUUCCUCCAGGCAAGGCGCGUCAAAAUGUCGCGCACUACACUGGGAGAAUUGGUGCCAACAAUGUCGAUGACAACGGAGAAGCGUACUAUGAUAUCGGUAACACUGGCAAGAAGUUUGUCGUACGUGCCACAACUCAUAUCCCCGAUACCUACCCCAGGCGCAUCGUUUUCGACCUGAGCGGGAUGGGCAAGGGUCAGCGCGAGUACAGGGUGCCGGGUCAGGAGGUACCUGUGACUCUUGUCAUCACUGGGAGUGAUUCCUUUGGGUUCAUCACUUCACUAUCGCACGGACCGGGAAAUUGGAUGAACUCUAUCAAGGAUACGAUCCGUGACCGGACAGUGGCCAAUGUGGUGAUGCCAGGCACCCACGAUGCAGGCAUGAGCAAGAUAACACAAGCCAUUGUGUCGGUAGGAAGUGAGGGCAACACACAAACUCAAGUGUUGAACAUAUACGAUCAACUGCGAGCCGGAUCUCGCUGGUUCGACUUGCGUGUUUCCAGUGUUCAUCAGGCUGUCAACUGUUGCGGCAACUACGACUUCUGGACGAUGCACGUGUCUGAUGAGGUUGCGGAAGUCGUGAUUGGAAAUACGGGAGAGAACUUUGACGACGUCAUCAAGGAGAUUAAUCGAUUCACGGAUGAGAAUCCUGGCGAGGUUAUCUUUUUGCAGUUUCGCUAUCUGGUCGGUGUCCGCGAUGUGCCGAGCCUUGGACCCAUUUAUUGGGAUGAAGGUAUCAAGAACAAGUUCUUUGACAAACUCAAAAAGAUCAACAAUCGGUGCCCGGGACUUGCCAGUCGUUUGCAAACGUCGAAGAUUGGCGAUUUGAUGGACAAGAAUGAUAACAAGGGUUGCGUGCUUAUCUUUUUGAAUACGCAACAUCUGUCUAAGAUCUCCGAUAAAACCAAGCAUACUUCAGCUGACGAUGGCAUCUACAACAUCGAUUAUAUCGACUUGACUGAUGCGUGGCCCGAAAAAGAAGACACGAAAGAGAUGGCUGAAUGGGCAAUCAAGAAGUGGACAGAUAAGACUGAGGGCAACUUCUACAUCGCCCAGUGGCUCAGUACACCGCAUUUCUUGACUUCGACGUUUACCUACGGCCUCCAGUCAAUCGCCGUUCUGCCCACCAAUCCAGCACUCUACUGGAAGGGCGUGAAUGAGAUCUCAGACAAAGUCUUCCCCAACGUCAUCUUGGUCGAUUACAUUGGCAUGGUGAUCAUGAAUGAGCCUAGGUGGGAUGCAUUGAGUGCUGAGUUGUAUACUUUGGCGAUUGGUCUCAACUUAUACACAAUCAGCGAAAACUGCGACAUUAGCAAGAGAAGGUCUCCUUUGCUUCCAAGUCCGAAGAAUCUGAGAAAGCCUCCGAGCCCCCUAGUGUCGCAAUUCAACGGCAUAAUUUUCGCAAAUGGGACGACUAUUGCCGACCCGCCGCUUGGCCUUCAUCCGGGUCGGGUCGAGAUUUUGAGGAACGGGACGGUUUUCAGCAACGGCACAGUCCUGGAGGAGAGUGUGCCAAACCCGGACUUCAACUCUACUUUGUUUUGA